UCAGCAGAUAUCGCAAAAUACGAGCUAAAAUUGCCUAAUAUUCUCGCAACGGAAUGGCAUCCACAACAGAGAUUCCUCCAACCGUGGGCGGUACCUCGCCCACCGCUCCCCUACUAGAGGAUCUCAACGAGGACACGUCCGCCUCGUCGUCGUCCACCACAACCGCGACGACCACGACAGACAGCGGCAAACCUUCCACAUCGUACAGCUUCUCCUUCACUGGUUCGGAUGGUUCCGGAGCCAGCAGCAGUAGCAGCACCAGUUUCAGCAUCAAACGACCACUAGGCAUGGAAUCGAACGCAGACACUGCCCCACAAUCAUCUACCGCUGGUGGGAGCGGUGGUAGCAAAAGCAAAACACAGCUCGAAAGUGCAACCAAUAGUGGGGAAGGUGGUGACGGUGCGGCCAGUAGUACCACCUCCGCCACCACCGACUCGAACGGUGAGGAGGAGAAAAAGGAUGACUCCAUGUUUGAGUGUAACAUUUGUCUGGACACGGCCAAAGAUGCGGUGGUCAGUAUGUGUGGGCAUCUGUUCUGCUGGCCGUGCAUUCACCAGUGGAUGAACGGGUACCGGAAUACGUGCCCGGUGUGUAAAUCAUCGAUCAGCAAGGAAAAGGUUAUACCGCUGUACGGGCGCGGUGGCAGCAAGGAGGAUCCGCGCAAAACCGUACCACCACGGCCGGCCGGUCAGCGUACUGAGCCGGAACAACCGCACGGGUUCCAGAGCUUUACCGGUGACGGCAGUUUCCACAUGUCGUUCGGGAUUGGCGCGUUCCCGUUCGGGUUCUUUACCUCCACGCUGAACUUUGGCGAUUUCCGCGGUGCGGGCAAUGUGACGCGGGAGAAUACGCGCGAAUCGGAGGAGGAUCAGUUCCUGUCACAGGUGUUCCUGUACGUGGCGCUCAUCUUUCUAGCCUGGCUGGCCAUGGCUUAGGAUGGAGAGAGAGAGA